CCUGCUUCAACUCCUACUAGCCACAAGUACGCUCCCAUGGUCCAAAUUCUUCCAAAGGCACGCCUUUGGAAGAAUUGGACGACAAGAGCUGUCUUCUGGGGAAGAAUAGGAGCAGCAAGAGUUAUUGCUAAAUGAAAGAUGCUGAUUUGGUGGAUUCUAGUAUGCUUGUGGCAGAUGGUGGUACUCCCCCUAUCAAUGAUAAAAAAGCUUGGUUGUGGAUUUGUAAAGAUAACAAAGCACAUUCUCAAGAAAAGCGUGAACUUGAUAUGCUUCCCAUUUUCCAUUUUAAUGAGACUCACAAGAUUAAAUUUGCUUCUUCAAAAAAUUAAAUGGACCAAAAAUGGCUUAAGCCAAAUAGAAAAUACAACAGAAGAGAAAGAAAGUUCCCUAGAGUUCAAUAAAGAUGGAAAAGAAAAGAUAUCUCCUCCUGAGUGAGAGCAAACUUCUAAAAUUGAAGAGAACAUUUUAGAGGAAUGCAAAGCUUCUUCUUUAGCAAAAAAUGGGGCUGCUCCUUGCAACGGGCUUAAUGAUAUCUUUACAGAAGUAGAAAACGAAACUUCUUCAAAACAACAAGUAAUUCAACAAAAAUCUGACUUAAAAGAAGAAUGCUUUAUUAAUGAAAAGCCAAGAGAAGGAAAAUGUAAUGAGUUUGAAGAACAUAAUCUUGCCGGAGUAUCUACUGAUGAAGAAAUUACUCAUGAAAAAGAGUUCAAAGAAGCUGGAGAGGAGAGCUCCAGUAAGAAAAUGCUUCAAGAUCCCAAGAUUGAUUUGAACAGUUAUCAGGAAGAAUUGGACAGCAGAAAAUCAUCAAUAAAAAGUCCGAUAAAUUCAGAAGAAAAUUUUGAAGAUAAUCAAUCCUAUUUAGAUGAUGAAGUUUCUUCUGAUUCUGACGAGCCUGAUAAAGAUAUAGAUGAAGGUCUUUUACAAGAUAAGGACAUUCAUAAUCUCAACAAUAAAGGAAUUAAUAAUCUUGGGAAUACUUGCUUCAUUGCAUCUACUCUCCAAUCCUUGCUUUCUAAUUCAGAUCUUCUGAAGUAUUUCUUAUCCAAAGCUGAAAAUGAUGAUGGAACUACUUUCAAAUCUAAAAAGAAGAAUUUUAAGAAAAAUCUUAAAAAGGAUCCAUCAAAUCAAACAGAAGAUAACACAUCCGUGACCCAGCUAUUCAAAGAGUUAUUAAGAUGGAACUACAACCCGACUAAGACUUCAAUAGUUAUGACACAGUUUAGAAAGGUGUUUGAAGAACAAUUUCCUCUAGGUCAACAAGAGGAUGCUUCAAAACUUAUGCUGGAAUUAUUCGAAGAAUUACAGAAAGAGAGAAAUAUUGAUCACUCUCAUUUUGAUAACUCUGGAUAUAAGAAUGAUGAUCAUGCCUGGAGUACUUACUCUAAAAAUCAUAUGUCAAUAAUUGACAGGCUCUAUGUUGGAAUGGAAAAGAAUGUAUUUAAGUGCAAAGAAUGCUCUGCUGAGAUAUCCUCCUAUGAACCAUUCAAAAGUAUCCCACUAGAACUAAGCUCUCAAAACCAAAAACUUCACAGAUUCUUCACAAAAUCCAACACCAAAUCCUCCAGCAUGUUCUUCUGCGACUCUUGCCAAGACGUCAAAAACUGCAAAAUCACAAACUCAAUCACCAAAUACCCCAAAUACCUCAUCCUGACCCUCCAAAGAUUCGACCCGUUCACCAACUCCAAAAUCACCUCCUUCAUAGACUACCCAGAAUCCUUCAAAAAGUCCACACAAAAUUCCAGCCACACCUACAGUCUCAACAGCGUGAUCUGUCACUCAGGCUCUCUUUAUGGAGGCCAUUACACUUCUACAUGCAGAAGGAAUGGAAAAUGGACUUAUUUUAGUGACUCUUAUGUAGGAGAGAGCAGUGAGAAAGUACCGUUUGAGAGAAAUGCGUAUAUUCUGGUUUAUAAGAGAUGAUAAGUGGUUAAUUCAGUUUAUGGUGAUGUGUGU